CGGCGGCAGUUCGACGUGAACUCGCGAGCGGCCAACACGUAAGCGGCGCGUUGUGCAGCUGGGGAAAAAACAACAAAGAAAACAACAACAACAGUAACCGACUCGAUAAUAGGCAGCGGCGCAACUGAAGUGUGAAUCCAUAUUGAGGUUAUGUAAGAAUAUAUAGUAAAAUCGCGAAAACAAAACGCAGCUGCAUAUCAGUCAGGUCACACGCUCACCUGUGCAAAAAUUAAAAAAAAAACACCGACAAUUCCAAGCACGCGCUAACGUUUAAGUUUAUUACGCAUUCGCAAUGGAGGACGGGAAGGUUCCAGCGCAGGCGCAGCCGCAGCCGCAGCCGCAAAGUCAUCCUUUGGAAGACGUUUCCCUCAAUGGAAACGAUGACGACAAGCAGACGCCCAAAAAUUGGGUUAAAUUCGACGAUGAGGCGGACAGCGGUGAAAAAAACAAUAACAGUAACGACGGCAAUGCCACACAGCAACCACAACAACAACAGCAGCAACAGCAGCAACAACAAAACAAGUUAACUCUGCCGCCGCCACCGUCGGUGGUUAGUAGCAACAACAACAGGCGGGCGCGCUCGCGCAGUCCGGCCGCAGUAACAACAACAACACCUGUCCAGCGCCCGGCCGUUUCCUCGACCACAGCUGCGACGCCGGGAGAGGGGCAGGUUCAAAACGCCCUGCCGGAUGUGGCACCCGCUGUUUUGACAACCGAGAGCACGCACGUUAAUCUGAGUGCAUCCGGCAGUGGCAUUGUCAGCGGAGCAACUGCAACAGCGAGUGGAUCUGCAUCAGCUUCUGGCCCGGUCCGACACCCUGCGCAGCUAAUAAACCAAAAAGCCUCCGCUGCCCCCUCUCCAUCGCCGGCCGCAGCGGCAUCUUCUAGCCAUCAUCAUAAUGGAGGUGGCGCUAACGGCACUGGGAUUGGCCAGCCGGCGGAUCAGGGCUCCGGGAUGCGCACAAUCGAACUGUCGACGGGCCGCAUCCGCGAGGGAUUCGCAAAUGGCGAUGUGAUUGUCACUUUGCUGCCGGCCAACACCAAGUGGCCCUGGAUAACACCUGCCAUAUUCCGGCCGGAGCUGGUGCCCGAGGAGCUGAUGGCCCAGGGCCUGACGCUCACCGUGGAGGACUAUGUGAACGCGAUGGAGACGCUGGUGAACGACUACCGCUUCACCGUGUACAACAUCUGCUACAAGCGCAUCCUGGUCUGCUGGAUCCUGUUCGCCUUUGCCGUGCUGUUGGCCUUGCUCUUCUCCGGCCUGCAGGGCGUGGCACUAUUCGCCCUGGGCGUGGGAUGGCUCUUCCUCAACGCGGCGGCCAUUUUUGUGUGCAUGUGGGUGAAGUUGCGCCUGUCACGGGGCCUGGAAAAGUGCCUGGCCCGGGUCAAUCGUCAACUGAUGCGGCACAAAAUCCUGCUGGUGCUCGACGAUCGGGGUCGCAUUUCGUGCCACAAGGUCAACCUGUGCUUCAUGUACUUCGAUGCCACGCAGUGCGUGAGCUUCCUGAACGAGUUCCUGGAGCACACGGAGCAGACGGGCGGCGAUGCCAUCAAGGCGGGCUGGGAGGCGAAGUUGGACAUUGACCUCAACGACAUCGUCAUCCAGGGCAGCCAGCCGGUGCGGAUGCCCCGCAAGCAGGAGCGCGGCCUGCAGCUGUUCCUGCGCUACGGAUCCCGCUGGGGGAUGGAGGCCCUACGGGGUCUCGUGGACGUAACCCCCCUGGAGCCGGGACGCCACUGCGGACAGUUCCAGUGCCCCUGCCAGUACAUCAAAGAGCACCUGCAGUGCAAACCGCGAGGCAAGUUCAAGUGUUGCAAUUUAGUCCAUUGGGUGAUGGCAUCUGAGCGCUACGGCAGCGACAACUAAGGCUUGUUGUGAAUGUCUGUGUGCUGUAACUGUAACUAAAUGAAUUUACCAAGAGGCUUUGUGUGAAACCCAUGAAUUUACCAACCUAAUUUACUCAUAUCCUGAGCUAGCUUGUACAAAUAUGCAGUUGCGGGGGAAAACAUGAUAUGCUAGCGGACUUAUAAUCUUUCUUUUCCGCCAAAUGAUCAACUCUCUUUCGUUUCAGAUGUUAGCCCCUAGGGCUGAGGCGAAGUUUUGGGGGUCCUUGGUAUCUCUCUCUAUCUCUCGUUCUAUCCCUACCUCCUACUCUUCUUUCUAAGCCUUAUAUAUGUGUGCUAAAUUAACCCGAACAAAUAUUUCUAAAUUUUUGAUCAACCACGUUUCUUUCAUGCUUCCCAAAUUGUACACAAAACAGUUGCCAUAAACAGCAUUGGCCAAGUAGUUUGGACCCGGUUCCCCUUGUUUGGUGGCUAGAGACUUAGCAGGUUGUUGGCCCCAAAAAUACCCAAUUCCCCACACGAUUUCAAUUGGUGAAACACUGAAAUACUAAGCCGUUUCGAUAUUAUUAUUUCAAAAAGAUAAUACUGCUUGUUAUAUUUAUAUGUAUCAAAUGCAAGCGAAUGAAUUUAUACCAUAAGACUUGUACAAAUUUGUCUUUAUAAAGUACUUAUUGGCUGGUGUCACAAAAAUAAACGUCAAAUAUAUA